UAUUUUUCCUUCAUUUACGCGCUUUUGAAAGACCAACUACUUAAAUGUGAACUCUUUGCCAAAUUCAGAGAGAGGCCAGGCCACCAACCACCACCGCCACCAGCGGAGGGCCUCGCCGACUACCGGUUGUAAAAGGUACAAGAAAGUGUAGAGCCUUUGUUCUCUUGAAAGAUGGGUCAGGCGCUGAGUUCUGGGUCGAGUCAAGAGAGUGAAUUGUUUAAUGCAGUUCAAGUUGGAGACUUUGAAACUGUGGAAGCUUUGUUAAAGAGAGAACCAAAUCUUGUACAUCAUAAAACUCUUUAUGAUCGCCAGUCUGCUCUUCAUAUAGCUGCUGCUAAUGACCAGAUCGAGAUUUUGGCUAUGCUUUUGGAGAAAUCUGUGAACCCGGAUGUAGUGAAUCGUCACAAGCAGACUCCACUUAUGUUGGCUGCAAUGCAUGGGAAGAUCUCCUGUGUGAAGAAGCUCGUGGAAGCUGGAGCAAAUAUCUUGAGGUUUGAUUCACUUCAUGGAAGAACUUGCUUGCACUAUGCAGCCUAUUAUGGUCACUCUGACUGCCUUCAAGCUAUCCUCUCUGCUGCGCGAUCUAGCCCUGUUGCUGUUUCAUGGGGAUAUGCACGUUUUGUGAAUAUAAGAGAUGCUAGGGGAGCUACUCCCUUGCACUUAGCAGCCCGACAAAGGCGGCCUGGAUGCGUACAUAUCCUGUUAGACAAUGGUGCUCUUGUUUGUGCUUCAACCGGUGGAUAUGGUUGUCCAGGAAGCACCCCUCUUCAUUUGGCUGCUAGAGGAGGAUCUCUUGAUUGCAUCCGCAAGUUGUUGGCAUGGGGUGCAGAUCGUCUUCAAAGAGAUGCAUCUGGGAGAAUACCAUAUGUAGUUGCUCUAAAGUUCAAACAUCGAGCGUGUGCAGCUCUGCUAAAUCCUUCAUCAGCAGAACCUCUUGUAUGGCCAGCACCUUUAAAGUUCAUUAGUGAGCUUAAUGAGGAGGCAAAAUCACUAUUAGAACAGGCCUUAAUGGAGGCAAACAGGGAAAGGGAAAAGAACAUCCUGAAGGGAACAGCUUACUCACUUCCAUCACCCUCAGAUUCUGAUUCUGGGUUAGAUGACAGUAUAUCUGAGGCUAGCGAUACCGAAGUAUGCUGUAUAUGCUUUGAGCAGAUCUGCACAAUGGAGGUUCAAGACUGUGGCCACCAGAUGUGUGCACAAUGCACGCUGUCCCUGUGCUGCCACAACAAGCCAAACCCCACAAAUGCGAGUCUAACACCCCCAGUAUGCCCCUUUUGCCGGAGCACCAUUGGUCGAUUGGUGGUAGCCAAGAUAAAAACUUAUGAUGAUGCUGAUCAUGACAUUGGCGAUGUUAGUUCCUCAAAGCUGAGAAAAUUGAGGAAGUCAAGGACUUUCAGUGAGGGAAGUAGCAGCUUCAAGAGCUUAUCCGCAGUUGGUUCAUUUAGCAAGAUGAGUAGCCGUGGCUCGGACAGGAUUGCUGCAGAAAAUGAAUGGAUUGAUAAGCCUUGAAACCUGGCACCUGGCAGCUCUUGUUUGUUAAAAUUUUUAACUUGUCAAUCAAGGACAUUCCCUUUAACGCAAUGGAAAAACAAAACAAAACAAAACAAAAGGGCAGUGAAAAAUCAAGCAAUCAUGGUGUCAGGGCUGGACCCAUUUGGUAUGUAUAUUUUGGGGAAAAUAAGCAAAGAAGUGAGUUGCAGGUAAGUUUGAUAAUAGCUGCGUGGGGUCAUAUUGUUGUCAUCCUUGUUUAUUCGAGACUGAAGUAGCAUUUCCAAUUAGUAUUGGGAAAAAAAAUGAAGAGAAAAUAAAUUUUUUUCUUCUAAAAUGUAAAUUUCAACAUUCUUCAAUGGCUGCUUCCUAGAAUUUGUUAAAGCACCCUCCCAAGAAAGAGUCAAAGAACAAAUCCUCUUUUGAUUUUUUUUUCCUAUUUAUGUAUAAUGUACGAGCUAAUAUGAAAAUAAGAAUAAAUAAUGUAUGAACAUAUCAUUUUUAUAUAUACACAUAUAUAUAAAUGAUAACAAUUAUUUUGAUCUCUAAUGUAAAUGUAUAUAAAUAUAGGAUAUGUACCAUGUACCUUGUU